GCGGGCUCAGGUUAUUUGCCGGCCAGUCACGUGGGAAUGUAGCUCCCGAGCAGUGUGUGGCAGAGGCUCGGUUCUCUCCAGCACGUGUCUGAGCCGCGUCCACACAUAGCUGCACAUACACACUAGGCGCUGAGCUCCUGUGGUGAGGAUAACAGGGCGGCAGCAUGGAGUACUUGCUCCAGGUGAAGCUGGGCUGCCUGUUCGGGCUGCUGCUGCUCACUCUCUUCUUAGGGCUGGUGCCGUCCAGGAUGAAAUGCUUUCGGGCUGGAAGAGAGACGCAGCAGAUGUGGAUAAGCUUCAUUGGCUGUAUCGCCGGGGGAGUCUUCCUGUCCGCCUGUCUGCUGGACAUUGUUCCUGACUUUCUAAGAGACAUGAAGGAGGCCAUGGAGCAGCAGCAAAUAAUAACAGAUUUCCCUCUGCCGGAAUUCAUCCUGGGUAUCGGGUUCCUCCUCGUCUUGAUUGUAGAACGCAUUGUUCUGCAGUGCAGUGAUGGGAUGACGGAAGAGAACACCCCCUUAUUGUCUAGCAGUCCGAGCUCUCCAGCUGUUGAGGAACAUUUCCACGGCCACUCGCACAAUAGCCAACAUCGUGAUGUAGAACACGCAGGACGCCACUUCCACGUGGAUUUCAACGCUCACUCCUCCUUCCGCUGUUUUAUCCUCAUCCUCUCGCUGUCGCUGCACUCAAUCUUUGAAGGAAUAGCUAUUGGGCUACAGAGCGCCCAGACGGCGGUCCUACAAAUAGCCAUUGCUAUUCUCAUCCAUAAAAGUAUAAUUGCAGUGAGUCUAUCGCUGCUCUUGAUGCAGAGCAACGUGAAAACCCGGUGGUUUGUACUUUCAAUUGUCACGUUUGCCCUCAUGUCACCUAUUGGCAUAAGUAUAGGGAUUGGGGUGAUGCAAACUGAAGCCAAUGGAGGCAGUCUUGUCCAGGCUGUUCUUGAAGGUUUAGCUGCUGGGACCUUUGUCUACAUCACGUUCCUGGAGAUCUUACCCCAUGAACUAAACUCAAACAAAUGGCGCCUGCCUAAAGUCAUUUUCAUCAUUUUGGGAUUCUCUGGGAUGGCAGGACUGAGAUUUUUGGGGUGAAAAUAAGCCUCUGUGUCUUCUGGGUUUCUUUUGGCCAAUUUUUGUACCUACCUCUGUUUACUUGAGGGACAGGAACAAAUUUGAACUUUUUAUGCACUGAAAAUUAUGGAGAUGUUUUCUUUAGUAUGGACUUUUGCUUCCCAUUUACUUAUUCAAAUGACCCCCACGGGAGAAUAGUGAAAGCCUCUAUAUAUCGGGACCUUCAACAAACUAAUCAUGAACAUUUCUCUAUUUUGUUAGCAUUAACAUUUAAUUUUCCAUUGUUGAAAGCAUCUUUUUUUAACUUGCCAACUCUUAUUUUUAUCCAAUCGGAGGAAGACAAUAAGUAGUUGUUUGUUUUAUAAUUUAAGGGGGGUUUUCUGGGAAAUAACACUGAUAGCCUGUCCUUAGAAUAGGGCAUCAGUGUGUUAUUGGUGAACGUUCAACCCCUGAGUCCUCCAUAUUAGCCAAAAGAGGAGGCUGUGGCAUUGCCAUGUUGUGAUGACGUAAGUGGAUAUCCAGCCAAAUACAGGGAAACGUCACUGAAACACUUUGAGAAGACCAUCCCCUUAUCCAGACUGGAUUUCCGCUGACAGUUUUUCAGUUCCACCAUGUACUAUGCAUGCUGACUCUUCUUUGAGAAUACCACCACCCUAGAAGACCACUCUCCAGUGCCAUUUUAGGUGGUAGUCUCAAAGAGGUUUCACUGUGGUAUCUAGUUUAAAGGGCUUAUUCGACUAUUACUAUUUUUAUUUUUGUAACUGAUGACCCGCAUCUGAUUGGUGGGGACCCCUGCCGAUCAGCUGUUUGAGAGAGCCCCAGCUACGAUAUGCAGCGCACGUGACCAAUGGUCAUGACGUCGCUGGCCUAGGGUAAGCAGCGAGAAAACUGCGGCGCUCACUGCCCUAGGGUACGCAGCGCAUGUGACCGAUGGUCGUGGCAUCACUUGCCUAGGGUAAGCAGUGAGAAGGCCACGGCAUUCAUAGGCGCACCAGGGAUUUCUCUAACAGCUAAUUGGGGGGAGGGUCCCAGGUGUCUGAUCCCCACUGAUCAGACAAAAAGUCACAUAACCCCCUUUAAUCCAGACAGACUAUCAGUGUAAUUUCCUGGAACAGAUCUUUUCUGAACCCAGUGCCUUAACUUGCACUUUGAGAGGACAGUUGCUAAAAACCAAUAAUAAACUGUUAUUAAAGAGCCUUCCUAUUGUGCUGACUUA